CGCAACUAGAUGACUUACUGCGCCUUUGUGUCGUGAUACGUCCACAUGUAGAGCUGAUCCGCCUGAUGAGGAAUACUUAAAUCUGGCCUCGCCCCGCGCUUACCGACUGGGUGCUCAUGCAUGGAAAGCCCACCUCGACAUCGGCUCCUUUCCCUUCUACACUUUCGUUCCCCAUCACAAUGAGUUUCAACGUGAUUCUCUCGGGCUCGACUGGUAACUUGGGCGCAUACCUCCUCGACGAGCUGCUGUCAUUGCCCCAAAUCGAUCAAGUCAUCUGCCUGAACCGCGCCGAAAAUGCAGGAGAGAAGCAAGGCAAUGCGCAUACUGUCCGAGGCCUAACGCAGCCCCUCGACGCCAGCCGAGUGCAGUUCUUCACCGCCGACUUCACCGCACCUCAGCUAGCCCUCGCGCCUCCUACAUACGCCGAGCUGGCGCAGCACGCUGACGUCUUCAUCCACAAUGCCUGGCCUGUGGACUUCAACCGCAACGUGCGCUCCUUCCGCCCGCUCAUUGAAGGCAUGGCGUAUUUGGUCGAGUUCUGCAAGUCUCGCACUGUCGCCGAUAACAGCGCCCACCCGAUGAAACUGCUCUUCGUCUCGUCCAUCGGCGCCACGUCGAACUGGGGCUCCGCAGCUCCUACUUCGCGCUCUGAAGUCCCCGAAGUCGAGAUCCUCGAUUGGAAAGUCGCGCGCACGGGUUAUGGACAGUCGAAGCUGUUGUCUGAGCGCCUGCUUUGCCACGCGGCUGCUACGUUCGCGAUUCCUGUCGCUAUCGUGCGCGUUGGCCAGCUUUGCGGCCCGGUUCGACACGAUACCAAGGGCAAAUGGCCGGAGAGGGAAUGGAUCCCUAGCAUCAUCAAGAGCUCCAUGGCGCUCAAUGCCCUGCCAGAGACUCUAGGGCCUACCGAAGUGGUCGACUGGGUGCCUGCAGAUGUCGCUGCGCAGGUCAUUGUCGAUAUUGUCGCGCCGUUUGUCAGAGAUGAACUGCUUGGACGAAGUCGACGGACGGCCAAGGCGACGAGGAAGAUGGGCAAAGAUGCGGGCAGUGCGCACUUCUUCCAUAUCGUUAAUCCUCGUCCCUCGCAGUGGAAGCAGCUUGUUCCGGCGAUGCGGGAGAGAAUGUCGGAUGGAAUGAAGACCGUGUCGUUCGUGGAGUGGGUGGAUCUGUUAAAGGCAAGCGUAGCAGAGGCCGGUGGUUUCCAGGGAGUGAAUGAGGGGCUGAACCCGGCGGGUAAGCUGAUCGACUUUUUCGACAACCUGCAAGACCGCGCCAUCCGCUUUCCACACGCCCGUGUUGCACCGCUGGAGUCUGUCCAGACUCAGACGGUGAGUGCGACACUGCGGGAGCUGGAGGCUGUGCGUCCAGAAUGGAUGGAUUUGUUCCUGCGUCAGUGGGGAUGGGACGAGGUCGUUGAUAUGAAGUAGGGA